AUGUUUUCUUUCUUUAUUUCUUGGAUUCUAUAUGACGUAUAUUCUUUCUUUCAUUCUUUAUUUUUUUUCUUAUUUGAUUGCAUUUUACGGAUAUUCUUUCUUUCUUUGAUUCAAUUUUACGCAUAUUCUUUCUUUCUUUCUUUGAUUUGCUUUUAUGCAUAUUCUUUCUUUCUCUCAUUCUUUAUUCCUUUUUUUGGUUUAAUUUUACACAUGUUCCUUUCUUCUUUAAAUAUAACUUACGCAUAUUCCUUGUAUCUUCCAUUCUUUAUUUCUUACUUUCUUCCCAUCUUACUCAUUUCUUUCAUUCAUUCUUUUUUCUUUGAUUCCAUUUUACGCAUAUUCUUUCUUUCUUUCAUUCUUUAUUUGAUUCCAUUUACACAUAUUUUCUUUGUCUUCAGACUAUUUUACGCAUAUUUUUUUAUUUAUUUGGUACCAUAUAUUUUCUUUCUUUUGUCCUUUUUAUUCACAUUCUCUCUUUUUGUUUUCAUCUCAUUUUACCCAUAUCUCUUUUUUCUUUCUUUCAUUAGUACUUUUUUACGCAUAUUCUUUCUUUCUUUAUAUCUUUCUUUUGUGAAUGACAUUUUACGCAUUUCCUUUCUUUUUUUAGUCCAUUUCACGCAUAUUAUUUUUCAUUCUUUCUGGUUUUGGUUUCAUUUUACGUGUAUCCUUUCUUUCUUUAGACCAAUUUCUUCCUUUCUUCAUUUGGUCAGAUUCUACGCUUCCUUUUUUCUUUUUUUUUUUCGCCGUUUUACUUUCAUUUUACGCAUAUUCGUUUCCCUUUUAUGUACAUUAAUUCUUUUUUUCUCGCUUUUUUCUUUCUUUCUUAUUUUACCCAUAUUCUUUUACCAAAGUUCUACCCAAAUUUUACUCAUAUUCUUUCUUUCUUUAUGCCAUUUCACGCGGAUACUUUUUCUUUCUAUUUCGUACUUUCUUUGGUUCCAUUUUAAGGAAAUACUUUCUUUCUUUCUUUCUUAUUUUCUGUCUGCUUUUCUUAAUUCCUGUCUUUCUUUUUUUUUGUCCCUUUUUAUGGGUAUUCUUUCUUUCUUUCUUUCUUUCUUUCUUUGGUCCCAUUUCAAGCAUAUUCUUUCUUUCUUUGCUACCAUUUUACGUUUAUUCCUUCUAUUUUUUUUCUUCCUUUCGGCUACUUUACGCAUAGUCAAUCAUUAUUACUUCUUAUUAUUUCUUUCUUUCCUUUAUUUAAUUUUUUUUUUUCUUUUUUUAAAUUGGUUCUAUUCUAUUUUUAUUCUUUUGUUUUCUUUCUUAUUUACGCAAUUUCGUUCUUUAAUUUUUUCACUCAUUUUUUCUUUCAUUCUUCCUUCCUUUGUCCCAAUUUAUGCAUAUUCUUUCCCUUUUUACGUAUAUACUUCCUUUCUUCUUUAG